AUUCGCUUAUUACUUAAACUUGAUCAUCAAUCUAUCUAGCGUAUCAUGGCUGAUUCGCCAGACAGAGGGUUGAUCUACGAAAUUCCUGGAGUCAUUCGUGUCUAUGAAUCCGGAAAGGUAGAACGACUCGCUGUGUCGCCUUUUGCCCCAACAUCUUUAAACGACCCAGUCACCGCAAUGUCAUCCAAAGACGUGUCAUUUUGUGGCGCAUCUGCGCGUCUCUACCUCCCCAAGCUCCCACCUGCGGAAGAACUCAAGAAGCUCCCGAUUUUAGUGUAUUACCAUGGAGGUGGAUUUAUUAUAGGAUCAGCAUUCGACACAUGGGAACACAAUUAUAUAAGCACAAUGGUGUCAUAUAUCAAUGCACUGGUUAUUUCAGUUGAGUAUAGGCUAUCCCCAGAAUAUCUUAUACCUGAAGCUUAUGAUAAUAGUUGGAUGGCACUUCAAUGGGUUGCAUCACAUUCAACAGGUGAUCAAGGAGAAAACCAAGACCCUUGGUUGAUUCAAUAUGGCGAUUUUGAUAGAUUAUACCUUGGAGGAGAUAGUGCAGGUGCUAAUAUUGUGCAUCACAUGGCGUUAAAAACAGGAAAAGAAAAACUACCUAAUGAUGUGAAAAUCUUGGGAGGGUAUCUUGGUUGUCCUUAUUUUUGGGGUUACAAGCGACCUGAUGACGAUAGUAUGGCGUUUAAAUGUUGGUUUCUCGCGUGUCCAGAUGGGGGGAUUGAUAGUCCCUAUAUCAAUCCAUACGUGACUGGGGAAUUUGACGUCGGUUUUGUUUAUAAGAGGCUGCUAAUUGUGGUAGCAGAGGAUGAUGAGCUAAGGGUUGAAGGUAUCAAGUACUAUGAUGCUCUUAAAGAAAAAGAGUGGGAUGGUGAAGUAGACUUUCUACAACUUGAUGGAGGUCAUUGCUUUUACCUUCUUGAUAGUACUUCUGAAAAAGCUAAAAUUCUGAUGAGAGAGUUGGCCUCUUUCAUUGUUUAAGUUAUUUGUUGAUAACUUCUUGUUGUUAAACUUCUGUUUGUUGCAUUGACUUCAUCAAGUCUUGAAUAAUUUACAACCAGUAUUUAAUUACUUUACACAAUUGAAUUCAAACUUGCAUACUCUAUGUCACACCCCGUUGUAGCGGAAAUACAUGGUUAACAAAUAAUUGCGUACUAACCAUAGGGUAAUAGAAAUUACAUCCAUUUAAUACAAAAUACAAGUCUAAUACAAGUAGAAUCGUUCAAAUGUAGACCCCAGAAUACGAAUACAAGUCAUCCAUAUAUGGAAUUGGGCCCACAGAAUACAAGAUAAAUAUCUAGACCGUCUAGUUGUAAUCUCAUUAAAGGCGAGGCCAAUGAACAGUGUCAUGUGC